UAUGUUUCAUACGAAUCUGUGGAAGAAUAUCGUUUCUACGUUAAACGGGGAGUUAUUUACGUAGUGAGAUAUCAAAAUGUUUUUAUUUUUUAUUAUUGUUAAUAGUGAAUAAAAAGUAUUUUCAGCCUUCAUUCAUCAAGAACAAAAGAUAAAAAUAGCGGAACUAGUUUUGUAUAUUUAUUAACACAUGUAAGUUUUCCAUAUAUCCUGUCUUUCGUUAACUUAAAAUGGUAAAAAAGACAGAAAAGUAAAAAGGGAUGUAUAUUCUCCAUUUUGUGACAAACAUCAAAAAUAUACUGUAGACCUAUUUUGUGUGGAUUGUGACAAAGUAAUCUGUGUAAUUUGCCAAGCUACAGAGCAUAAUUCAGGCAAUCAUAAGAGAAUACUCACAGUUGAAGACGCAUCUGCUAAAUUCGCUGAAACUAAGGAGUUUUUAGAUUAUGAAGGCAAACUUUCCUUCGUUUCCAAACGUGAAAAUGAAAUAUUGGCAGAAAAUAACAAAGUAGUUACAAUAACGAAUCAAAUAAAAGAAGAAACAGAAUCUGUGAUUAAGAAGCAUAAACAGGACAUGAUUGAUCUGAUUGAAAAACAUUACAAGAUGUUAUAUGAGAAGAAUCAGCUCAAGUACGAAGAAUCCAAGAAAAGAUUACAAAAAGCGAAUGAGCAAUUGUAUAAGAAUAAGAAUAAAACUGCAGAAAUUUGCCAGGAAAUCCAUGACAAAAAGGAGAGUGGACAAAACGUGGCAUUGUUUAUAGCUAUGAAAAAAUCACAAGAUAAUUUACGGCAAAUUGAAAUUGAAAUAGAAGAAACUGAAAAACUAAAUUUUGUUGAAAGGUAUAAGUUUCAAGCAGGACACAUGGUGGGACAGCUUUUGGAGGAAGAGAAAGAAUUUGGUGAAUUGUUGGUAACGGCGUCAAAGUCUGCAAAAGGUACAUGUAUUGGAAUCUAUGUUAUCAUAGUUAUUACUUAAAUAAAUGAAAGCCGACAGUAUUCUGUCUGUAUAAAUUAGCAGGCAUAUUAAUUUUUCACCUUCUCAGAGAACAGAAAAAGUAGUUUCAUAUUAUACAAACUUUAUUUGUUAAAGUGAGACAGUCUAAAGUUAUUUAAUUUCUUAGUAUUUCUGCUGCACGGAAAUACAAUUACAGUUGAUACGAUCCCCUGUACAAAAAUUGACUUUCUGCAAGAGAAAUGGUAACUUCCGGAUACAUAUCAAAGUCUUUUACUUUUAUGAUUUUGUAUAAGAAUAUUUUAAACACUGUGCAACAGUCGA